GGUGCGGAGCAGGCGGAAGAGGCGUCUGUGCCGGCGGCUAGGUCGCAGAGGAACAUCGUUGGGGUCAGCGACUAUCAUUUGUUUCACAAGAUGAGUAACAGCCAUCCUCUUCGCCCCUUUACUGCAGUGGGGGAAAUUGAUCAUGUGCACAUUUUGUCUGAACAUAUUGGUGCCUUGUUGAUUGGGGAAGAAUAUGGCGAUGUCACAUUUGUUGUGGAAAAGAAACGUUUUCCUGCCCACAGGGUAAUUUUAGCAGCCAGGUGCCAAUAUUUUCGAGCAUUACUGUAUGGUGGAAUGCGAGAGUCUCAGCCUGAAGCAGAAAUCCCUCUCCAAGACACCACUGCAGAAGCAUUCACAAUGCUACUUAAAUAUAUCUACACUGGGCGGGCGACGCUGACAGAUGAAAAGGAGGAGGUGCUGCUGGACUUUUUGAGCUUGGCUCAUAAAUAUGGAUUUCCAGAGCUGGAGGAUUCUACUUCUGAGUAUCUCUGCACCAUACUCAACAUUCAGAAUGUCUGUAUGACUUUUGAUGUUGCUAGUCUGUACUCACUUCCCAAGUUAACUUGUAUGUGCUGCAUGUUUAUGGACAGAAAUGCUCAGGAGGUGCUCUCAAGUGAAGGUUUCCUCUCCCUUUCUAAGACAGCACUUUUAAACAUCGUAUUAAGAGAUUCAUUUGCAGCUCCCGAAAAAGAUAUUUUCCUAGCCUUGUUAAACUGGUGUAAGCACAAUUCAAAGGAGAAUCAUGCUGAAAUCAUGCAGGCUGUGCGUUUACCUCUCAUGAGCCUCACUGAACUUCUGAAUGUUGUGAGGCCAUCGGGACUGUUGUCUCCUGAUGCCAUUCUAGAUGCUAUUAAAGUACGAUCAGAGAGCCGGGAUAUGGAUCUCAAUUAUAGAGGCAUGCUCAUACCUGAAGAAAACAUUGCAACUAUGAAGUAUGGAGCCCAGGUUGUAAAAGGGGAGCUGAAGUCUGCCUUAUUAGAUGGUGAUACUCAAAAUUAUGAUUUGGAUCAUGGAUUUUCUAGACACCCCAUUGAUGAUGACUGCCGUUCAGGCAUCGAGAUUAAGCUAGGUCAGCCGUCCAUUAUCAAUCACAUACGGAUACUCCUGUGGGACAGGGAUAGCCGAUCUUAUUCAUACUUCAUUGAAGUAUCAAUGGACGAACUUGAUUGGAUCAGAGUGAUAGAUCAUUCACAAUAUCUGUGUCGUUCUUGGCAAAAGUUAUAUUUUCCAGCCCGUGUCUGCAGGUAUAUUCGAAUAGUUGGGACACACAACACAGUGAACAAGAUUUUUCACAUUGUGGCUUUUGAAUGUAUGUUUACGAACAAAACCUUCACUCUUGAGAAAGGGCUGAUAGUUCCCAUGGACAAUGUUGCUACAAUUGCUGAUUGUGCCAGUGUGAUUGAAGGAGUCAGUCGGAGCCGAAAUGCCUUGCUGAAUGGGGACACUAAGAAUUAUGAUUGGGAUUCCGGCUACACGUGUCACCAGCUAGGAAGUGGCGCAAUUGUUGUUCAGCUGGCACAGCCAUACAUGAUUGGGUCAAUACGGUUAUUACUUUGGGACUGUGAUGAUCGAAGCUAUAGCUACUACGUUGAGGUUUCUACCAACCAGCAACAGUGGACCAUGGUCGCUGAUAGAACUAAAGUCUCCUGCAAGUAA